AACGUCUAAAAAGUAAAAACACAAAAUAUAUACACAAAUGAUUCACUUGUUAAAUCUUGAUCAUAAAUCGUAAUAUUUUCUGAACAUUAAGAGAAAGAAACAUUGGGCACAUAAGUGGAACAAAUUCUCCUUGCUAAAUACGACGUAUCUAUAAAAUGGAUUUAAAUAAACUCCCAAAUGACAAAAAGCUUGAGCUUUGUAGGAACUAUUUCAAAGUUGGAUGUGUAUUUUUGCCAUUUGUGUGGGCUGUUAAUGCAGUGUGGUUCUAUAAUGAUGCCUUCAAAAAACCAGCAUUUGAAGAACAAAAGGAGAUAAAAAAAUAUGUGGUAUUUAGUGCAAUUGGAGCAAUAAUAUGGAUUAUAGUGCUCGCUGUUUGGGUGGCAGUAUAUCAACUGAAUAGAGUAGCAUGGGGCUCUGUUGGAGAUAGUCUUACAUUUAUUUUACCUUUGGGAAGGGCUUAAUAUGUUAUAAGUAUAAAGCUAUUGUUUAUAAGUAAAAUGAUUGUACGAAAUAGAAUUGACAUAUGCUGAGUGCAUUGAAUGUGAGUGAGUUGUUUAAGUAUCAUACUUUACAUCACCUGCUGACUAGAAAUGAUAAAAACCUUGUAUUUAAUUCAUUAAUAUAGUCAAGAUUAA